GGCCGGCCAUUCGGAGCGACCGGCUCACCCAACCACCGAGCAGGCCGAAAUUUAUCAGGAUCGGGGAAUAUACUGGUGGUCCCUGGAACGUUCAGCUCGUUGCAGGCUUCAAGUCAGGUGGAGAAGACUCUGCACACAAGUGAAGCUGGCCGGAGAAUACUACAUACUAUCCAAAACCCUCCGCUCCUCGUUAUUGCCUGCUUGUUCUCCAUCAUUGCUCUUGGAGCUUUGGUGUGGCUUCUACGUUUUGAAAAGCUCAGAAGGAACUUCUCGUGGCUGAUCAACAAAAUCCUUGUGCCUCGUACUCUUAAUGCUACAGCUGGGCUUCUGACUACUCUGAUCAGCGUCUAUACCUCAAAAGGAGGGGACUGGUCAGUGAUGGCUAUAAUGACCAUCGCAGUUACUGGCACGACCCUGUUAGUAUCCGCAACCUUCCUUGCGGUAUAUAAAUUCUACAAGUUGGACCCACUGGCCCGCAAGGAUAGGGGCAUCAGACGUCGCUGGUAUUAUAAGAUCUCAUCUGUUGGAUAA